CAUUGGUCGUACAUGAGUAUAAUCCGAACAUUCAUAAAGAUUAUAAAAAUACGAUUUGCUGUUUGGUGAUUGUUUUUUUUUUCGCUGAUAAAUUAUGGUGAAGAAAUUAACUUUUUCUCUGAUUGUCAUCAAUAUGGCUUUGUAUAACACAUGUUUUGGAAUAAGAAAUGAUGAACCUCGGUGUUUGUCGCAAUUUGACUAUGAUUAUAAAGUUUUGAACAAAUUGGUUUCAUUGGAACACGAAGUACGCUCGUUAACGGAAACUGUGAACAGACAGGAAAGUGUCAUAAAUAUGUUCAAGAGCAAAAUGACAGUAGAGCCACAUCCUCAAGUUGCUUUCAUGGCAGAGCUUACCACGUCACUUACUGGAAAAAACCACCGUAUUUACUUCGACGACGUGAAGCUCAAUCUCGGAAAAGCGUACAGGCCGCACCAUGGGUUAUUUAUAGCACCCGUCAACGGAACAUACCAGUUUUCGGUCGCUGCCUGUUCCCGGAAAGGACAUUUUAUCGUGCUUGAAAUGAAAGUUAACGACGACGUUGUGGGGAAAAUGCUUGCUGGAGACAAUGGCUAUGAUUCUUGUAACUCUAAGGUCUUUCUGACUGAACUGAAAGUCGGUGACGAUGUUUUAGUUGAGCAUGGUGACCAUGGAGAUUAUCUUUUGGCUAACGAAGCCUAUGGAUAUCCCAGUUUUACAGGAAUUCUUUUGCAAGCUACUUAAAUUAUUAUAUUGCGGUUAUUACAUUUUUGUACUUUAUUUAGCUUGUUAAAUACACUCAACAACUAUUUUAACGCAACACUUUUUUGACUAAUAUCGUAAACAUUACUUCUAGUAUAUUUCUGAAUGCGUACAUAUGUUUAGACAAAUAUAUUGUUUUAUUUUAUGCUAACUAAUGAUAUACUGUAUUCUAGCAGUUAAAUAUUUUUGUAUCUCAUUACUCACACUGUGAAAAUAUGAAAUCUAUAUUUUCACACUGUGAGAGAUAUAGCUCCGCCCCCUCAUACAUUGUGUAAUGAAUUUUAAAUUAUUUGCUUAAAACAGGAUGAAAAUUGUAGUCGCACUUUGUACUUUAUAGUAUAUUUCUGGAUUCAAAUUAUUUUACUUAAUGAGAAUUUCAUAACGUUAUGCAGCAAAAAAAUAAAAUAAAAUGGAACUUUAUGUUGUGUGCGUCUUUCUAACGUCACAACACGUCUGACGUCAUGUCUGUUUACGCGCGUCUGUUUCCCUCGCUGAGAUCAAAAUUGUUAGACAAAUAUAUUGUUACAUUCAUAAAAAAACGUCCAUGAAAUAAAAAUAAACAAUGUUAUAUUUACCAUUUUACGACCAAAUCACAAUUUUUUAAGAUUCACAAUAUUAAAUGCAUUUUGUUAUUACUCAAAUACAAUUGAAAAAAUACAAUAACAAAUAAAAUUUGUCAAAGCUAAGAGAAAAGUUAACUUUUUCAGCGCGUACAAUUCAUAAAAAUAUUCUGGAAGGUAUGACUGUUUCUUAAACUGAACUAAUAAUGUAUAUUUCUUAUGUGUAAUAUAUUGCUGUGCUUUGC